AUGCACUCAAAAUUGCCUAGAUCGACUGUCGACAUUUCAAAAAUGGCAUCUGUAACUGUGGCCAAUCUGCAUGUAAAAUGUAGAAAUUCUCCAUACCCUCGCACUUCCGACAUACAAAGGUAUCCUGUUCCUGAUGAUAAAGUCAGUUGGAAUCUAUCUUGGCCUGAAUAUCAUCCGGUAGCGUACACAGCCCCAGGAAUAUCUAAAAAGCCAUGGGCUGAUCCGGAUAAUCAUGAUGGAAAAUAUAAAGCUAUUCAGUUUAAUAAAAUUGACGGAAUACUUGAUAGAACAAGUUUUAUGGGUCAGUAUAAAUUCAGUACUGAUGGAUUACCAUUAAAUCCUUGUGGACGUACGGGAAUCACUGGACGUGGUGUCCUUGGUCGUUGGGGUCCUAAUCAUGCUGCUGAUCCAAUUGUAACACGAUGGAAGAUUGACAACUCAGGUAGUCGAUGUUUAAAUAAGACUACUGGACGUCCAAUUCUUCAGUUUGUUUCUAUUCGUCGGAAAGAUUCUGGUCAAUGGGCCAUCCCUGGGGGUAUGGUAGACGCUGGUGAAAAUUAUACAUCUACGUUAAAAAGGGAAUUUUCUGAAGAAGCUUUAAAUUCUACAACAGCUUCACCAAAAGAAUUAGAAGCGAUCGUAAAACGUGUUGAUGAUGCUUUUCAUCAUGGAGUUGAAAUUUAUAAGGGUUAUGUGGAUGAUCCACGUAAUACAGAUAAUGCAUGGAUGGAAACUGUGGCAGUAAAUUUUCACGAUGAAGUUGGCAAUUGUCUAGCGUUAUUUCCAUUAACUGCAGGUGAUGAUGCAGAUGCUGUACGUUGGACAGAUAUUAAUUCUGAUCUACAACUUUAUGCAAGUCAUCGUGAUUUUAUUAAAUUAGUUGCUGAAUUAAGAAAUGCACAAUGGUAA